UGAUGAAAAAGAAGUGAAAAGAAAAGUCAAUUAAUUCACGGGUUCACACAUGCGUGUCCGCUUGAAAAGCCUCAUACUCAUACCCCUCUCUAUUUCUCUCUCUAUGUCUUCAAACUCAAGUGCAUAAGCCUCAAAGUUAGCUCCUUUUCCACUCUGAAUCACCCUAUUUAUAUUGGGUCUCUCCUCUUUCAUCUUCGCAGUUUUGUUUUUGAAUUGAAUUUGAAUUGAAUUGAGAAGAGGUAACAGACACAACAUAAGACAUGUCUUCUGUUGAGUCAGCUGAACACAACAACAUCAGAGGGAUACCAACUCAUGGUGGACGCUACAUUCAGUACAAUAUCUAUGGUAACCUCUUUGAAGUUUCCAGAAAGUAUGUCCCUCCUAUUCGUCCUGUGGGGAGAGGUGCUUAUGGUAUUGUUUGUGCUGCUGUAAAUGCGGAGACGGGCGAGGAAGUCGCCAUUAAGAAGGUUGGCAAUGCAUUUGACAACAGAAUAGAUGCCAAAAGGACCUUACGUGAAAUUAAGCUUCUUCGGCACAUGGACCAUGCAAAUAUUAUGUCCAUUAAAGAUAUUAUACGACCUCCACAGAAGGAAAACUUCAAUGAUGUAUACAUGGUUUCUGAGUUAAUGGACACGGAUCUGCAUCAAAUAAUACGUUCCAAUCAACCAUUGACUGAUGAUCAUUGUCGGUAUUUUAUGUAUCAAUUGUUACGAGGGCUCAAAUAUGUACAUUCAGCAAAUGUUUUGCACCGUGACUUAAAGCCUAGCAAUUUGCUAUUGAAUGCCAAUUGUGACCUUAAGAUUGCAGACUUUGGUCUUGCUAGAACUACAUCUGAAACUGAUUUUAUGACUGAGUAUGUGGUCACUCGAUGGUACCGAGCUCCCGAAUUGCUUCUUAAUUGUUCAGAAUAUACAGCAGCCAUUGAUAUAUGGUCUGUUGGUUGCAUACUUGGUGAAAUCAUAACAAGACAACCGCUCUUUCCUGGCAAAGAUUAUGUUCAUCAGCUGAGACUGAUCACAGAGCUGAUAGGAUCACCUGAUGAUGCCAGCCUUGGAUUUCUACGAAGUGAUAACGCUCGUAGAUAUGUAAAUCAGCUUCCUCAAUAUCCAAAGCAAAACUUUUCUGCUAGAUUUCCCAACAUGUCUCCUGGUGCAGUUGAUUUGCUAGAGAAGAUGCUAAUCUUUGAUCCAAACAGGCGUAUUACAGUUGAUGAGGCGCUGUGCCACCCAUACAUGGCACCUCUCCAUGACAUCAAUGAGGAACCUGUUUGCACUAGACCUUUUAGUUUUGACUUUGAGCAACCUUCAUUCACUGAAGAAGAUAUCAAGGAACUCAUUUGGAGAGAAUCUGUGAAGUUCAAUCCUGAUCCACCAGUCUACUGAGAUUUUGUAUUUAUGUUGUAUAUGCUUACCGAAAUAUCUGAUGACUAAUAUGCAUGUUAUGACGCUACUUGGCAAGUUGCAGCGAUAUGAAACAAAUUGGAGAUAGUGAGAUUCUCUGAGCUUGUUGUGAGGUUUCUUUCAUUUCAGUCGCAUCGCAUAUUCUUGGAUAAUCAUGUUGUUGAGAUGUACCGAGAAAGGAUCAGAAUAUGAGCAUCUUAACUCAAAUGUUUCAGCAGAAUAUCCUACAGCCCCAACUCCUUGUUGUACUACUAUCCUUCAUUUUAGACUCUAAGGACCAUAGAUUAGUGCUCUAAACUGUUCUUGCCAGUUUUUCUAUCCUUUACACCAAGAAAAUUACACGACAUUGUCCCAUUGUAUGACAUAAAAUGUAAUGGUUUUUAGUAUUCAAAAUAUUUUAAAA